CUUAUAAAUUUUUUCGUUUUAUUUGUUUUUCCUCUUUUUGCUUUCUUUUUCUAUUGAAUUCUUUUCUUUGUUUGCCCUUGUUUGCUUCUUUUGCUUAAAUGCGUCGACCACUGCGCAAAAAGAUCGUCAUCGUCGGCGACGGUGCUUGCGGCAAAACGAGUUUCCUUAUCGUGUAUCAAAAUGGACAAUUUCCUGAAAAAUACCUGCCUACGGUGUUUGAGAAUUAUAUGACGCGACUAGAGUUGGACGGCCAUAAAUCAGUGGAAUUAGCAUUAUGGGAUACGGCAGGGCAAGAAGACUAUGAUCGUUUACGACCGCUAUCCUAUUAUGAAACCGAUGUCGUCUUGAUAUGUUUUGCAGUUGACAACCCGAUAUCAUUGCAGAAUGUGCGUGACAAGUGGUUACCCGAAGUAAAGCAUUAUUGUGGCAAUGUCGCGCUUGUGCUCGUGGGACUCAAAGUCGAUUUACGCAAAAAUACUACUUCUUCCGCCUCGAUGGUCACGCCCCAACAGGGAGCGGCAUUGGCCAAGGAAAUCAAGGCGAAAUAUUGCGAAUGCAGUGCAAAGGAAAACUUGUACGUAUCGGAUGUCAUCCGAACAGCUGCACAAGUGGCUGUCAAACCAAGGCAUAUUCUCCGUAAACGAUGGUGUCGUAUCCUGUAAAUCCGAUGACGGAUAAUGCGCACAGAAAAAGCGAUCCUUUACCCAUGGGUGAUGAUGAUUUACCCUUCUUCAUUUCAAUCUCCUUCUUCUUUUUUCUUUCUCUCAUAACCAUCUGAUUUUCUCCUUGUAUAUCUUGAUUCUUUGAUUCAUACCCUUUUACUGUUUAGCAUCAUUCCUUUUGGGUCUCUUUAUUUUGCUUGUCUUGAUCUUUCCUCAUUAGACAUAGAGUACAUACUAUCAGGUUUUAUUUAUAUAACGCGUUCCUUUCUUUCUACAUAGCAGAAUCCUUGAUAAAACAACCUUGCUUGUUCAAUCCUGAAUGGCU